AUGGGCUCGACCCGGUCAGUUGAUACCUUUACAAAUUUCCCAUCUUCAAUACCCAUCCCCAAUUCUACGACUUGGGUGGACAAGAUGGGUUCGAACGCCAUAGCUGGACCCAGCUCAGAAGGAGCUCUACCUCGUAAGACAUCUCGGGGAUCAACUCCAUCUCCUCCAAAAUCACCUUCAUCCGCACCACCUACACCAUCAGUCAUCGCUGUGACGCAUCCCUCACAGUUCAUACAUACUCAUCAUCCUCGACGCGGUUCUUUAACACCAUUAGGCUUAAACCUUAUAUCACCCGUCCCACCACAUGUCAAUCGCGAUCGUAGCGGAAGUGGUAGUGGUAGUCAACCAACGACCUCGCGUAGUGUAGGAUUUCAGCAGUCUUGGCCCAGCGCUGAAUUCGGGCCAAAUAUCGCGGGAGGGGGAUCGUUACUAGGUCAACGACGCGGUUCUGCGGCGAGUACAACAUCCACCCUAACCCAAUCUAGACCGCCUCAACAACCCGCUCAUUCCUUCUACCCUCCCGAUUGGAACCCCGGACGUCGACGUUCAUCCCUUACUCCCUCCGGUCCGACACUUGCUGCUCCGUCGCCUACUCGAACGCACAUCAGUGGGAAAACCUCCAGACCCGUGAGCAGCGAUGGAAGUAACGGGAGCAACGGUACGCCCUCUUUACGUUCCAGACACAAAGCUCUUGGUACAGAGUCCGUUGCACCUGACUCGACAUCGCCGUCAUCUUUCGCCGCCUCUACGCCAGAGGGAUAUGCGAGAAGAGGUAGUCUACCUCACCUGGGGUACGGUGGAUGGGCAGGACCAGGCCACCGGACUUGGAACCCUGUCUUGCCCCCUCCAAGGGGGAGUGUAGGUGAGAAUCCGGCUGAGGAAAUUCAAUUACCCGAUGAAGGGUUCAAGUUUGGUUCAGUCAGCGGUCAUGCGAGUGGAAGUGGAAGCGGCACGUCACCUGCGACAGCUGCACUUCGCGCGGUCGACCUUUCGCCGAAUAGCGGUAGAAGAGCUUCGAUCAGGAAGAGAGACGAGAUGGACGUGUUCGAGCAAGCAGAAGAAGCUGAAGCGGAAAGGCAAAGAAGAGCGUUCCUAGCUGCCACGUAUGGUGAAGAUGGAAAGAGAGCCAGAGAGAGGUUGAGUAUAGGAGCUCAAGGCGGUCAGGGUCCACCCGGUCCGCCUGCUGGUGGAUUACGACGACAGAGUCUGCUAUUAUGGGAACGAAUGGGUAUGGCGAAACAAUCAAGUGAUAGUGAGAUAGGACCCAGUUCAGCCCCUCCUGUGCCCUCGCACUUGUUUCCUGCCAAUGGGUUGUUGGCGGAAGGUGAUCUCGCACAGCGUCGUGGGAGUUUACCAAUUGCUAUACCUGGUGGAGGACUCGGUCGAAGUGCGUCGAGACGCUCUGCUAGGGAACCCAAAAAGGACUCGCCUUCGAUUGUCGUCAAGCAGGAUCCAGAAGGAACAGCUGAAGAGGAGGAGAAUGAGGAUGAGGAUGAACUGAUGGACGAAGAUGAUGAUGAAUUGCAAGAAAUGGGUGAAGAUGGACAGGACCUUGCCGCACCCCUUCGACCUCUACCACCAUUAUUACCGCUAUCAGAUCCUGGACCUCGCCUCCUACCUUCCACCUUGGCGUUGCACCGAGCGAAUCAUCUACUUCAAUCGCGCAAUCUACAGUCCGAUCCCUUACCUCACCCGCUUCCUCCAUCUUUACACCCUCCUGCGCCAGUUGACGUAUCAGAGUUCGACAUUGAUUUCAUCCUUGCCGGGUCACAAGCUCAACUAGGUGGUCAAGUGAAGAAAAAGAAUACCCCAGUCGAUAUACUACGCACAGCCAGUUCACCCAAUUUCCCACUUACUCCCGUGCUGAAACUGGGCGGUGACGACGAAGAUACAUUUGCCAAAUUUGUGGGAGAAUUCGAUGACGAGUAUGGAGGAAGAAGAGGAGAAUGGACCUUCAGAGCUUGUGCAGCUCAUCAUCCUGGUUCUCUAUCUCCGCGUGACCCACUGGAUAUCUCUACUGGACCUGGUCCCAAAGCCGAAUGGGAAUCGAGUGGUGCAGGUAAAUACGAAUUAUUCCCCAAUGGCGAGGUAAGAUCGACAGUCACUGGACGUUCUUGGCGGGUCUAUCGAUUAGGUAAUAGGGAGUAUGAACUCGAGGAAGUCAAAGCAACUCCGGAUCCGCACUCCAAUCACAGUACUGCCUUAUCACCUUCUGGCGCCCGCCUCGGUGGUGAACGGUAUACACUAGCUGGCAAAAAUGUUCAUCGCGAUCAAGGUGGUGUCAAAUUGCCUCAUUUCAACACCAGUAAUCUGAUGCAACCUCAGUAUUCACAACCGUUUGCCACAGGUCGAUCAAAUUCCACUCUCCACUCUUCCAACUCGUACUCGGCUUCGCCUGCUACCGAACGAAAGGAUCGGAUGGACAGUGAAGCUUCUACUCUAACAAUGACUCCCACUCUAUCACAAACUACGCCUCUGAGCACGAUGGCUGCCCUGGUGACCAAGAAGAAGAAACAUACCACCGAGGAUGACCCGAAUCAGCAGCAAAGAGGAUCAGUAUCCAGCAAAGAGGAUAAAACCAAAAGUAAAGGCUUGAACAGAGUGCGAAGUAAGGAAGCCGACCCCGACGGUAAAAAAGAUAAAUCCAUUGGAGGAGUAUUCAAGCGAGCUCUGAAGAGUUCUGGUUUGGGUGGUGGAUCAUCCACUUCGGACGAGAAGAAGGCCCAGCGCGAAGAAAGGGAGAGAGAAAGGGUUCAAGCCCACUCUUGGUCCGGUCAGUCGAAUGUCACCCAUCACAAUACCUGGUUCAGCGGGAGUUCGAGAGGGCCUGACGGUUUACCUUAUAAAGGCCAACUUCAAGUACAUUCUCACCUUCAACACCAAGUUCCAUCGAAUGAAAAUCGAUCACGAAUGACUUCGACUUCUACUCAGACGGCUUCAAGUAACAGCGCGACCAGUUCGAGCGAUGGUGUACCUUGGUCAUCUGGUGAACAACCUCGUAAAGCGGCUUCGUCAACGACCAGCGGAGAAGAUGUACCUAUGGCUUCAUCUGAAGCUGCUAAUGUGCCCAAAUUUAGAGAAGGAAAAGCUUGGAAUGGCGUACCGGAUGAAGCUGUAGCUAUGAUCAUACCAUUGGAAGAGAUGUCUUCUACUCGACCACCAUUGAGCAACACCCAUCAACCUACUUUGCACCCUUUCUUCCUGGAAGGGUCGAAACAGGCUUUAUUGGUAUGGUAUAUGCCUUUCAAUGCGGAACAUGACGAUUACGAUCAACAGAGACCCUCGACAGCAUCUUCCAAAGCUUCAGUAUCAGUAUCGGACCAACCUUCCCAAUCGUCACAAUCACAAUCAUCCACUUUCACCCCAGGUACCACCCCAGGAUCGUCAGCUCCAGUAGGAUCAUUACCGAAAUUCCAAAAAUUACUCAGGAGAAGAGCGAGUAAAGAGAAUAAUAUGGUUAAAAAGGAAUCCAACGCUUCGACCCUCCCUCACUCUCAUGUCACCACACCUCAAUUCGUAUCAUCACCCACAACUGCUAAACAGGCUGGGUCCUACACGAAUAACACGUCGAGAUUAAAUGGCGAAUUGUCGUUACCACCUUUACCGUUUAGGUCUUUCAGAGUGGUCGCUAAAGUCGUAGACGUUCAAGAUCUGAAAUCAGCUCCUGAAAAUACUAAUGCUAGUGGUAGCGGUCCCGGUCAGCCAGAAUCAUCGGCAAAUAAUAAUUCGUCACCUUUUGAACAAGAUAAAAACGUCUUCCUAAACCCGAACACCAAUAACGAUGGUCAAGGGAAGAAUAACCUCAAUGAGAUAUCACCAUUUUCAGAUGACGCCAAGACAGUUCAAGUUUCCCGAACGGGCAGAUCAAUGCCUACCGUUAUAGCAGUCUGUCACUCUCGAUCGCAAGGUGUUGAAUUCGUAUUGGAAGGUCUGGAUAGAUUGGGUUUAUGUAUAGGUGAAUCUGCUUGGGGUCCAACUGGAUAUGAAGAAUGGAGAGGAACGGGUUUGAGUGAGAAGGGAAGAGAAUUGUUGGAUAUCCUCUGGGCGGGAUGUACGGGCGUAAUGGGUUUGUCUGCUUCAUAA